AUGUGGAGGCUCUGGCUAACGGUCUUGGUGGCGGCAACGGCGACGGCUACGGAAUACGACCGCUUCUUCCAUGGAUUUGACGGUGAGCGACUGAGGGAGGGGCAUAUCAGUCUGUCGGAAAAAUAACGGCGGAUUGUCGCGCCUCGGAAUCGCCCAUCAUCGCUUUGCGACUGCAAGCGGCGGCUUGGGAUUUGGGCUGCGAUAGCGGCGAGGCGAGACAUUUUGCUGCGACGAUCCGCCGUUAUUUUCCCGACAGACUAAUAGUUGGAUAGGCGGGAUGUAAAGAGAUAUAACAAAGGUGAUUUAUGUCUAGCGGCAAGGUCGGUAUGCCGACGAUUUUUUACGCCUACUUGGCAAAAAAAAAAAUAAAAAAGUUCUAAAUUUUAGCGGUUUUGGCUCGGAAAUAAUUCUUCAAGACUUUGGAAGACAUAGAAAGGUAAAUUCCAGAUUUUUUUUUGAAAUUUGAUCGGUUGAAAAUAGUGGUUCUCAGCUCCAUAAAAAUCUAUUUUUGCUAAGUAGGCGUAAAAAUUCAUCGGCAUUCCGACCUUGCCGCCAAAUAUAUAUUACCUAGGUUAUAUCAGUCCGUCGGGAAAAUAAUGAGCACAAUUUUGCAACACCAAUCGCGUCGCUGAAGUGGAAAGCAAUUUGAUUUCCGCGACACAGUUUAUUUCCUUGGAAACGAUGCGAUUUUGGAUGUGACAGAGUGCUCAUUAUUUUCCCGACGGACUGAUAAGACAACAGAUAAGGUUUUCUUAUGUAGUAUCACUUUCGCUGACACUUAACUCAGAAUUAUAGGAGCCUUUUCGAAAGCGUUAGCGCAAUUUUCAGCUCGAGUUUUUUCAGUCCCCACCAAUGUUUUGAACAAGGGCAGAAUCCCAAGUGCGACGCUUCGAUUUUUUCCAAAUUUUGCACCCACUUCGGAUAUAGGCGAGAUAUAAAUUCUGCAAAAUCUUAGCUCGCGCCUUGCUAUGGCCGCGAUAUUUGACGACGUUUACCGCGAGAGAGUGCGCAAAAAGCGGAGAGCGGCCCGAAAGGAAACUCUUUUUUGCCAUAUUUUUGCCAGUUGCAAUAAUUUUUUUUUGUGGAAACAUUGCGCUCUACAUAGAAAUAGGCGUAAGAUUUUAUUUACACGCCAAAAAUUCUUAAAAAAGUCAUCACAUUUUCGACAAUUUUGGCCUAAAAAAUAUAUGCUCGAUAUCAAAACUUGGACGUUGCCUACAGUACUAUAAAAAUAGUGUAAGUUCAUCUUAGAACAAGCGGAGAAGCUGCUGGAGAGUUUCUCCAACGGACUAACCAAAAAAGAAGCCCAAAUCUUUGUCGACAUCUUCAAAGGCCACAAAGAUGACGAUCGCCUGGCCGACAACGAGGAUCUGUGGAAUGAGCAUGAGGUGGUUGAUCGGCUCGUAAUGCUGUGUGAGGAAGUUUUGGCGCAACUCAACGUCAGUCAACGGUUGAAUACAUAUUUCAGCAAGGUAAGGAGGAAUUUAUCAUAUCAGUCUGUCGGGAAAAUAAUGUGGAUUUGUCGCAGAAAACGGCCUCGCCUUGUCGCAAUCGCGUGGCAAAUUUCCAGCCGCAGCUGGUCGUCGCAAAACGAUAAUAAGCGGUUCCAAAGCCCGAAAGAUCCACGUUAUUUUCUCGACAGACUGAUACGAUAAAUAAGCAAAAUUCGGGUUUUCUAAUGUUCCAUCCGAUUUUUCGACACUCCCUUGACACAAUACUUUUUCAGAGUAUUCCCGCGACAAUUGAGAUGGCCAAAAAUCAGAUCAUCAAUUCCCCGGCCGCCAGAGAAAAGACUCGGCAAGCGUUGUCGCAUAUUAUGUCCCUAUACGACGCCUUGAACCCCGAAGAAAAGGCGGUGGUCAAAGAGGUCGAUGAGAUGACUGUUUUAUUGUUGGAGCGUAAGUAUAAAAAAUUACUUUUAUCAGAGUGUUGGGAAAAUAAUGGACACCAUAUAUAAUAUAUAGUACUGCGCUCGGGUCGCUGAAAUGAAAAGAAAUUUGAUUUUUUUGCGGCAAAAUGCAUUUUCUUAGCGACGGUGCAAUUUUCGUUGCGAUAUAGUGCUAUUAUUUUCCCGACAGACUGAUAACAUCAAACAACACAGCUACUUGUCCAAACUUCUUCUGCAGAACCUUCAUGGCGCGUUUUAGCUCCUGUAAUAUGCAAAAAAUCUGAUUGGUUUCUGCAAAACGCGAGUUAAAAACUCCGAUUAGCAUUUUUAUAAAGUGCAUGGACUUUUCGAUAAAACUUCCUUUUUCUGGCCCAGAGAAAGGAAGUUUAUAUUUCGCAGCUUGCGCAUUGUCCUCCUCGCAGACUACGAAUAAAAAUCGCAAAUAGCCUAAUUGUAAGCGUUAAUCUCAGCACGACAGAUGUCAAUGCACUUUAUGAAAACACUGAUAUCUCUGCAGAAGUUUCUACUUUCCAUUUCCUCUAACUCUCAUUGAAAUUUGAACGCUGACUUUCAAGAAUUUCUCCUUAAAAAAGCCCUCGUUUCCAGAUGACGGACUUCGUUCGCAGUUGAAGGAAACCGAUGAACCGAGUACAACAACCGAACAUGCGCAUAAUCCCAAGUUCUCGCAUCGAAGUGCUAAGCCGAACUCAUCUUCAAUCUCAACUUCAUCCGUAUUCCUGCCAAUUUUCUUCGUUUUUCUUGCAAAACUCUUCGUUUAG